AUGAAAUUCCACCUCCCUCCCUUCCUCUCUCCCUCCCUCUCGCCUCCCUCCCUCCCUCUCUUCUCCACGCCCCCCCCCCCCCCCCCCCGUCAAGCCUUUGGCAUCUUUAUCCUCAUCACUAAAUCCUACAGAGUACAGGGCGGAAAACGGUGCACACCAUUCACAGAACUGGAGAACUCUAAGGGGCGAAAGUUAAAGGGAAAGAUCCCGGUUCCUCAAUCCACAUCGCCUCUUCUUAUACAGAUAUCUCUAAUAACCAGAUUUGAGAUGCACAUUAAGUUGUGUGGAUUUCUCAGCACGGUUUCUGGAACUAAAUUUUUUGCCCUUUCUCGUAUUAUUAUUAUUAUUAUUAUUAUUUUCUUUCAAGAUGCCAGAGCCAGAGGGGGGAAAAUUGCUGCAUGUGAGCUGCAUUUUAGGGCAUGUGUGUUGGGGUGUGUGUAUGUGAUGAAUUUCUGGAUUGGAUCCCAAUACUAA